AUGUUUGAUCCAACCAGUCCGUCUGUUGAAGUUACUGGUGGUGCAGGUGAAAGUACAAACAAUACAACAACAUCAUCAUAUCCGAGUCCAUAUGCACCAGUUACAUAUCGACCAUUAACAUCAACUCCAUCGUCAUCUUCAAUUUUUCAUGUGCCCGGUUCAACAUCAUUAAAUUCACUUGAUGAUCAACAACAACGUCGAACAGAUUUUUCAUCUUAUCCAGGUACAUCACCACCAUUUUCAACUGCACAAGAUCCAUUAGCAGCUUCAAGUUUUAUGACAUAUCCUAUGUUCGAUCCCGAACAGUAUGCCAAUACACAAUAUUAUUCACGUUAUGUUACAGCUGGUUCACAUAUUGAUCCAACAACACAAACAGCAUUUUUACCUUAUUUUCAUCCUUCAUAUCGACAAGGACUUGGUACAACAUGUAAUGUUACAAAUAUUUCAAAUGGUAAAAAUGACAAUUAUGUAUGUAAAUGGAUUGAUCCUGAUACACAUCGAAUAUGUAAUCGAGCAUUUGCCUAUAUGCAAGACAUUGUCACACAUCUUACUGUUGAACAUGUGGGCGGACCUGAACAAUCAACACACACAUGUUUAUGGCUUGAUUGUCCAAGACAUGGUCGAGCAUUUAAAGCUAAAUAUAAAUUAGUCAAUCAUAUUCGUGUGCAUACCGGUGAAAAACCAUUUGCUUGUCCAUUUGCACGUUGUGGAAAAGUUUUUGCACGUUCAGAAAAUCUUAAAAUUCAUAAACGAACACAUACUGGAGAACGACCAUUUCAAUGUCAAUUUUGUGAACGAAGUUUUGCUAAUAGUUCGGAUCGAAAAAAACAUCAACAUGUUCAUACAUCAGAUAAACCAUACAAUUGUCGAGUAACUGGAUGUGAUAAAACAUAUACACAUCCAUCAUCUCUACGUAAACAUAUGAAAAUGCAUGAAUCUCAAGGACAGGAGUCAACAUCAUCAACAGCGACAAAUUCUUCAACUGGAUCAGCAAAUGAUUCAUGCAUGAAGCGAAAUAAUCUUCAUAGACGUGCAGGAGAAAGUGAACGAUCUCCAUCACCAUCAUCAAGGAUGCAUCAUCAUUCACAACGACGUCGUCGUUCAUCUCGAGACAGUAUUAAUACUCAUCUUCAUCAUCUACAGCAACAACAACAACAACAACAUCAACAGCAACAGCAACAACAGCUUCAAGCAAAUCAUUCAUCAAUGAAUACAACAACAACAGAUAGUUGUUCGGAAUCACCACCAUCAUUUGAAAAUCUUACGCCAAUGAAAGCUGCUUUAGCACGUAUGCAUCAUCCACAAGUACAAGCAGCUCCACCAGCAACAUCAACAGAUUGGCCAUUGCAUAUGCAUACAAUGAGUGCUUAUCAUCAUCCACACGUUUAUCAUCCACAUCAUGCUGCUGCUUUACAACAACAUUAUUAUCACCGACAAACAGGACUUAAUUUUUGA